UCCUUCCUUCCUUCCUUCCUUCCUUGCCUCCUUCCUUCCGCCGUGCACCGCGGGGUCGGCUCUCCCGGGCGGCGGAGCAGGAGGUGCCGUGGCCAUGUCGCUGCUCUGCUACAACCGGGGCUGCGGGCAGCGCUUCGAUCCCGAGAGCAACACGGAGGAUUCAUGCACAUACCACCCAGGUGUGCCUGUCUUUCAUGAUGCUCUCAAAGGUUGGUCAUGUUGUAAGAGGAGAACAACAGACUUUUCUGACUUCUUAAGCAUUGUGGGCUGUACAAAGGGUCUCCAUAACAGCGAGAAACCUCCUGAGCCUGUUAAACCAGAAGUCAAAACUACCUCUGAACGAAAGGAGCUAGCUGAACUGAAACCCAGAUUUCAAGAACACAUAAUUCAGGCACCAAAACCAUUGGAAACAAUUAAAAGGCCAAGCCCAGAUGAGCCAAUGACAAAUUUGCAGCUGAAAGUGUCAGCUUCCUUGAAACAAGCUCUCGAUAAACUGAAAUUGUCAUCAGAAAACGAAGGGAAAAAAGAGGAAGAUAGUGAUGAAAUCAAGAUUGGGACGGCAUGUAAAAAUGCAGGCUGUUCAAAAACAUACGAAGGACCACACAGCACAGAAGAAGUAUGUAUAUACCAUUCUGGUGUACCUAUAUUCCAUGAAGGGAUGAAGUAUUGGAGCUGUUGUAAAAGAAAAACUUCUGACUUCAAUACAUUUUUAGCUCAAGAAGGCUGCACAAGAGGAACACACGUAUGGACUAAAAAGGAUGCAGGUAAGAAAGUAGUUCCAUGCAGGCAUGAUUGGCACCAGACUGGAGGAGAAGUGACUAUUUCUGUGUAUGCUAAAAACUCUGUCCCUGAUCUGAGCUACGUAGAAGCUAAUAGCACAAUGAUAAAUAUCCAUAUUGUAUUUGAAGGAGAAAAGGAGUUUCAUCACAGUGUUAAGUUAUGGGGAGUGAUCGAUGUAAAGAGGAGUUACGUGAACAUGACUGCUACAAAGAUUGAGCUCACUAUGAGAAAAGCAGAGCCCCUUCUAUGGGCAAGUCUGGAAUUACCAGUAUCCAACACACAACCAAAACAGGAAGGUUCAGAUCAAUAACGAUUCCAAGAGACAAGUUAUUUCCUUAUUUCCCAUGAUGAAGUGGUGACUUGCUACUGUAAUCAAAUAUUUAACUUUUAUAUAGAUUUUUUUUUUUUUUUUUAAUGCUAGAUCAUCUGUUCCCUUCUAGAAAGAAAUUUGACGCACAGUAAAUGGGGGUGUAAACUUAAAAGGGUAACAGUUAUUUCUGCUCUUGCUCCCAUGGGUAUGUUUAUGCUAGAUGCAGUGUCUCCAUGGGAAUUUGGAGUAAAACAGCUAUUGCCCUUUGCUUGCAACCUUCCCUGCCAUGCACUGACUAUCCCAGUAGAUGUGCUCUCUGUUCACAGUGGGUGUCUUUGUUUUUCAGCUGUUCUGUUUAGACUGGAUGCUUUCAGUAGCUCGUGUUAAAUCCAACACUGUUAGGAAGCAUACGGUAAUGCAGAUACAAAAAUCAGAGUUUGAACUGAUUAGCAUGCAAUUCCACAUCUAGAGUAAAAGGUUACAUAAACAGAAAUAUGAAGUUGUACUCUCAUAGACUUCCAUGUUCUGAAACGAAGGAUUGUUUCAAUACCUGUUGGCUAUGGAGGGAUGAAAUAAAUGGUAUUAUUCCAAGGAUUUUAGUAUUUGCUGACUCCUGCUGUCUUUCAUGUAUCAAAGCAGAUCAGGUUAAAAUUUUAAAAAUUGGCAAGAAGGGAUUUUUUUUUUUUAACUCCUUUACUUUUGCUAUUUGAAUAGUUAAAUAAAAAAGCAAAUGGACAGUGAAAUGGCUGGAUAACUUAGCAUUUCAGCUGUGAAGAGUAUGUAAACAGCAAACUAUUAUAAAAUUGCCAAAGUAUAUAUUUGACAGCCUUUAGAAUGUAUAUUCUAUCCUAUUCUACAACACUGAAAAUCUCAAGACUCUUCUCAAAGUAGGUGGAUAUGUGUAGUAGGAGAAGCCAGGACACACUGUAGGUGUCUUGGUAAAAUAAUUUCCACAUAGAUGUGUAUAUCUUUUGACUCUGAGGAUGGUAAUGUAAGAACUGCGUUUAUGUACAGGACAAAUCUUAGGAGAAACAACAUGCUUUAAAAUGUCUGUCUCAAAUUGUAAUUGUACCUUUGAAUCAAAAUACUUAAAAAAAUACUGUAUCUCUUGAGGUAAUUAGAAAUCAAGACCUUAGUUUUGUUUUCAGUUCAUCAGUAAAGGUAUGUGGCUGAAAGCAGGAUAGUUGUAAAGAUGAGAUUUAUUUCUUUUUUUAUCCAAGCAGCAACACAUGCAGUAAUGUUGCUUUUUCUUUCUGCUUGGAAUAGUUCCUUAAUUUUGGCUUGCAGCUGAAAUUAAAAUGUUUUCCUAUAAAAGUAACACAAAAUGCACACUGUUAUUAAUUGUGCCUAAUCCUGUAUAUGUAAAGAAGAGGUCUUGUGGACUGUGAAAAUGAUGGAUGCUCACCUACUAGCCUUGGCGAACCUGGAAUAGUGUCAAGAAAAACACAGGGUGUUGUAAAGGCAUUCUGAAGUGAAAUACAGAUUUCUAAGAAUCUUGCUGUUUUCCAAUGGGUAUAAUUUGACUUGAGCUCAGACUUCUGUCUCUAACAGUACUUGAAGUCCUACUUCAUGCUUAAAGUAGUAGGAAAUACAUUACCAAAGAAACCAUCCCUGAUCACCAAGAAAGUAACACCGGUGUGAUACAAAUGUAACAUGUAUGUAUAUAUACACACAUACAUAAAAUUUGUUUUGGUGCUUCUCUGCCUUCUUUUCAAGAUCCAUUUUCCUCGAUCACUUAGUUUGAGCAUGGUUGCUUACUCCCUUGAGCCCUUUUUAAAAAUUCCAGCUCUAAGAUCUGCUGAAUAGAUUGUAUUAACCUCUAAUAAUGCCUUUUUUUUUUCCUUUUUCUUUUUAAUUGAAAAUGUCAGGUACUGCAGAGUGAUAGGGUACAAGUUUAUAAAAUGUGUGCCUGCCAAGCAGUCCUCUGAAAAUUGAACAGAUGUUUUCUGAUGUGUUCUGAACCAACAAGUGGGGCACUUACUAGUAUGACACUGAGAACAUCAGUGGAUGAAAAAUUCUAGAUAGCUGUAGCUGCUAGCAUGCCAUCUGUGUUUGUGUGUGCAGAACUCUGAACUUGGACAGCAAAAUUAGUAGUGCUUAAAUGCCAGAAUAAAGUUCAAGCAAGUUCAAAUGUGUCUGUCCAUAUGGAUAUAUAAAUAUCCUAAAUAUGUUAAAAAAUGUGGAAAACAUAAUCUUCACUUAAUUUGCAUCCUCACAUGCAGUAGGUUUACAUAAUGUAAAACCCAUUUUAAAGAACUACGUGGAAAAUGGAAUUCCUUGGGAAAACAGAAUUUCUGUUUUGAAAUGAGUCAUAUUCUGCCUUAGUACCUUAAACGGAGAGAAAUGUGGAUGAAUGGACCAUCUGCUGUGACUCAUGCAGGCUUUGGGAUCCUGUAACUACUUGUUACACCCUUCCAAACUACAUUCUGCUGGUAGUUGAGUCACCUUGGCCAUAAGUGGAGGGAGAAAGCUCCUUUAAACAUGGUCCCAAAUUCUGGUUUUGCUUUUUAUUCAUUCCUCCUGCUCUUCUCCUGUUGUUUAUACUUUCAGCACAAAACUAAAGAUACUUCAGAUGUUCUGUUAUGACUCUCCUUACCAGUGGCAAUAAAACCACAUCUAAAACUUAUCUUGUUUAAAAAAGCAAGCAAACAAAUUAAAGAACCCAUAAAACCCCCACCAGCUUUGGUGAGGCAAGAAGGUAUUGAUUUUACAAUAAUAGCAUAGUUUCUAUGGCCUGGGAUCCUUUUCAAAAUAGAAAGAUAAACCUUCACAUGGCCUAGACUGCCAUAAACUGUCUGUUUAACUGCAGCAAUUCUUAGCAGUUUUUUAUAACCAUAUGUCUGCCUCUGUCCUGAAGCUGCAAGAUCUGUAUCACCAGUGAAUUUGUGUGUUUUGAGCAGUUGCUCACAACAGGCUUCAACAUACCAAGGAAAAUGGUGAUCCUGGUAUUUCAUGCAAUGACAUCUUGACAUGCAUGGUGGUAGCAGACACUUUGAUGGAAUAUUGGCUUGGCUGUAACUUUUAUUAGUAAGUGUGGAGAGAAGGCGAGGCCAGCUGUAGUGUACUAAUCAUACUUUCCCAAAAGCAAGAUUUGUCAAGUAAGCAAAGUGAUUUUUGAUCACAGUCUUUCACCUGUCUAAUAUGACACUAAAUUGCAAACCAGUAUGAACAGGAGUACUUGGUGUUGAAUUUAUCCUUUUUUCAUGUUUUCAAAAGUUGUGCUGUAUUUAUCAAAUUGAUUAGGUUGAUACAGUCUAGCUAUAUUUUUAUAAGUGUUUAAGAGCUGUAGUGUGUUUCAGUAUGGGUUUAUGUGUUACACGUGUAGACAAGCAUGUUACACAAGUCAGAACUGACUGUCCAGGUGCAUAUAAAACUUUACCUUCAUAAUUCCUUUAUAAUAUGGAAAAUUGCAUGAGUAUACAAGUUUAUGACAGGAAUCUUAAUCUUUUUCCUUGUGUAUAAGCCCAUUUUCCUACCUAACAUAACACAUUUUGUACCCCUAACAUUACAUCCUAGGUAACAAGUGAUAGGAUGAGAGGAAACGGCCUCAAGUUGUGCCAGGGGAGGUUUAGAUUGGAUAUUAGGAAAAAUGCUUUUCAUGGAAAGGGUUGUCAGGCAUUAGAACAGGCUGCCCAGGGAAGCAGUGCAGUCUGCACAUCCUUGGAUGUGUUCAAAAAACAUGGAUAUAGCACUUAAGGACAUGGUUUAAUGAACAUAUAGUGGUGGUGCUGCCUUGGUGGUUGUGAUCUUAGAGGUUUUUCCAGUCUUAACAAUUCUGCGAUCUUGUAUCUGUAACAACAUUUCUUGGAGGAAUUGGAAUUUAUGUUAAAUGUUAAUACACUUAAGCACAGGGCUGUUCAGCUACUCUGACUCUUAGGUCAUACAUGGCACUGAUACAACCUGACAAAAAAAUCUUCCAUUGGAUGGUAUUCUGGAUCAUGUACAUUAUCAAGUCACCAUUUCAGUAGUUUAGGAAUUAGUUUUACUAGGAACUUUGCCUUGGAAAAAAAAAUCUAGCUAUUCUACAUAAUGAUGCAUUUUUGGCUUGCAUUCUCUAAACAUGGCAUGAGUAUUGAUUAAAUACUUUACCUGUUAAUCAUUAUUCUUUCGGAAUUUGCUACAAAUUUUUUUUUUUACCUCUGUCCAGGAAGGAGAUCCUUUUUAAAGUAAUGAAUUAUGUGUCUGGAACACUGUUUUAGGGCGGUAAUAAUUUUGCCAUGAUAAGAGUCUUGAAUUACAGUUGAAGAGGAGAUGACUUUUUGCAUGGCUGUUUGAUUCUGCACAUUCAUAAAACUUACAUGCAGAAAUUAAUCUCAUGUCUUCAUGCUCUAGUUUUUUUCUAAAUGUAUUCAAUAAAAUUCUUAUUACAUGCUGGUUGCA